AUGUCAAGGAGAGGAAAAUCUAGACAGAUCCCUGAUGAUGAUGAGGAUUUUGAUUAUGAAGCAAAUGACAACGAAGUGUUGCCUGCCAGAAGAUCCAGGUCGAGAGUGACAUCCUACAAAGAGCAAGAGGAAGACUACCAGGAGGAGUUCCAGGAGGAGUUCCAAGAGGACAUCAAACAAGAAGAAGCGCCCCAAGAUAUAAAAGCCGAACCAGAAGAAGAGGCAGAGGAAGAUAUCUUUGCAGAUGACUCUUCUACUGAAAAAGACGACGGUGGAGACGACUAUAUAGAAGACGACAAUGUCGAUAAUGAAGAUGAUGACCAGAUUACCACCAGUAGAAGAAAGCGCGGAAGGAAAAAGGUUGUCAAGAAUAGACAUAUUGGUUCAGAUGAUGAAUUCUAUGAUGAUGGAGAUGAUGAUGAUGACGACGAUGAUAUUAUCAGUGAAGAGGACGAUUACAUGGAAAAGCUUCAGCAACGUAAUUUCAUAGUACAAGAUGAAGAAGACGGGGAUAGUGCAUAUGGCGUAUCCAGACCCAAAAAAAAGAAGGCUAAAAAGGUGAAAAAUUCAAGAUCUGCUUCACCCAAGCGGAGUACCAGAUCAGGGAAAACCUUUGGAGAAGACAUUUUGCCCGAACCUGCCGCCGACGAUGAAUCAGAAGAUGAUAUUCAAAAGGAAAUUGCUGAUUUAUAUGAUUCGUCUCCUAUUAAGGGAAGUCCAAUUCAGCAUAAGCUAAGAGAAAGGGCUAAAGUCGAUUAUACCAUCCCACCACCAAUAAGCAAUGAUGCAAUGUUUAACAGCUUCCCCAGAGCAAACACACCAAAAAGAGGUAGAGGUAGACCAAGUUAUAACAAGAGUGAAUUUAGAAAAAUAUUAUAUCCCACGGCAGGUCCCUUUGGUGGAAGUGAUGUGAUUUCUUUAUUUGGAACAAACAUUCCACCAGGAGGCAUUCCAAUUCAAACCAUUCCUGGUAUGCCACAAGCUCCUAGUAAUAAUUUAACUGCCAUUGGUCAAAAUUUAAGUGAUUCUGAUUCUUCAGAAGAUGAAAUUGCUCCUAUAAAUGGUGAAGCUACCGUUUCCAAGAAGGUACCAAAGCCUAAGUCGGGCACCAAACUAACUACUGGAGGUGAUACUAGGAAAAAGAGUAACCUUUCAGAUACUGAUCCUCUUGGAGUUGAUAUGAAUAUUGAUUUCUCCGUAGUUGGUGGUUUAGACAAUUAUAUUAACCAAUUGAAAGAAAUGGUGGCAUUACCCUUAUUAUAUCCUGAAUUGUAUCAAAACUUCGGAAUAACCCCACCACGAGGUGUUUUAUUCCAUGGUCCUCCUGGUACUGGUAAAACUUUAAUGGCAAGAGCAUUAGCUGCCAGUUGUUCCACGGCUGAACGUAAAAUUACAUUCUUUAUGAGAAAAGGAGCUGAUUGUUUAAGUAAAUGGGUCGGUGAAGCUGAAAGACAAUUGCGCUUAUUAUUUGAAGAAGCCAAGAAUCAACAACCUUCAAUUAUAUUUUUUGACGAAAUUGAUGGGUUAGCACCAGUAAGAUCAUCCAAACAAGAACAAAUUCAUGCCAGUAUUGUAUCAACAUUGUUAGCAUUAAUGGAUGGUAUGGAUAAUCGUGGUCAAGUUAUCGUUAUUGGUGCUACUAAUAGACCAGACUCUAUUGAUCCAGCAUUGAGAAGACCUGGUAGAUUUGAUCGUGAAUUUUAUUUCCCCUUGCCUGAUAUUCCAGCAAGAUUGGAGAUUUUACAAAUUCAUACCAGGAAAUGGCAUCCAUCAUUACCUAAAGUUUUCUUGGAGAAAUUGGCUGAAUUGACUAAAGGUUACGGAGGUGCUGAUUUGCGAGCAUUAUGCACUGAAGCUGCUUUGAAUAGUAUUCAACGGAAGUAUCCUCAGAUUUAUUCCAGUAAUGAUAAGUUAAAGAUCAAUCCUUCAAAGGUUACUGUGAUUGCUCAAGAUUUCAUGAAAGCAAUGGAAAAGAUUGUUCCAUCAAGUGCAAGAUCUACUUCGUCUGGUUCAGCACCAUUACCCGAGCAUUUAGUACCGCUUCUUGAAGACAAUUUCAAAGAGAUCACUAGCAAACUUAAUGAGUUACUUCCAGGAAUCAAGAAUACCAACUCCAAGAAAACCACAACAUUGGAAGAAGCCAAGUAUUUGGACCCUUCAAUAAAAGAUGAAGAUGGAGGAUUCUCCAAACAUCAACUUCUCAGGAGUUUAGAUACUUCGCGUAUUUUCAAGCCUCACUUACUCAUAUCUGGCCCACGAGGAAACGGACAGCAAUAUCUUGGGGCUGCUAUCUUGAACCAUUUAGAAGGAUUUCAAAUCCAAUCAUUAGAUUUAGGAAAUAUGUUUGGGGAUGUUACUCGUACGCCUGAACUGACCAUUGUCCAAACAUUUGUUGAAGCAAGAAGACAUCAACCAAGUAUUAUAUACAUUCCAAAUAUUGAAAUUUGGUUUAAUGUUGUUCCAUACACCGCAAGAGCUACUUUGAUUAGUUUAUUUAGAGGAUUGAAGAGUAAUGAAAGGGUUUUGCUUUUGGGAAUUUCCGAUUGUCAUGUUGAGGAAUUGGACGAUGAGAUUAAGGAUGGAUUUGGAUUUGGCAAGAAUGAUAAGAGUUCGGUUGAGUUGAAAUCUCCUACUCAAUCACAACGUGAAAAUUACUUUUCCAUCGUGUUAAAGACUAUUCACAUGAGACCUUUCGAGUUUAUCAAUGACUUGGAAAAUCGUCCAUUAAGAAAGUUGAAACAAUUAAAGAUCGUGAAAGAACAAGGCAAACCAUCUGAUGUAGCCAUUCAGAAGGAAAAAGCCAAGGAACAAGAAUACAAGGACACGAAAUUAAAGAAUAUUCUUAAAAUUAAACUUGCUGGAUUAAUGGACCUUUUCAAGAAUAGAUACAAGCGAUUCAAGAAGCCUAUUAUUGAUGAAAACUUCUUGAUUCAUUUGUUUGACCCAUCUGUUCUUGAAAAUCCUUUGAAUUUAUAUGAGGUUCUCUACGUCAAGUCAGAUGAUCCAGAACAUAAGAAUAUGAUUAAGGAAUUGACUACUGGAAGAUAUUACUAUAAUAUGGAUUUGGAUACUAUUGAAGAGAGAUUAUGGAAUGGGUACUAUAGUGAACCUAAGCAGUUCCUUAAAGAUAUCAAGAUGAUAGUCCGCGAUUCCAUAACUUCAGGAGAUAGAGAACGUAUCUUGAAAGCUAAUGAAAUGUUAACCAAUGCCCAGUUUGGAAUCGACGAUUUCUCCACUCCAGAAUUUUUGAAGAAUUGUCGUGAGGUCAGAGAAAGAGAUUUGAAGAAGCAGGAGAAGUUGUUGGAAGAACAUAGGAAAUUACAAGAAGAACUUCAGAAACAAGCUGAGCUUAGCCAAACAUUGACUCAUGAAGCGAUAGAAGGUGCCAUCCCAGAAGAGCCUCAUGUGAAUGGCGUGGUUGUCAAUAGUGAUCCAGCACCAGUAAGCAGCUUGAACAACUUAUUAACAGAAACUUCUGCUGAAGCACCAGCACCAGAGGUAAGUACAGCGAAUGAGGUUGUUCCUAUUGUUACAGACCAAGUUGAAGAGCAAGUUGAAGAGCAAGAGCAAGAGCAAGUGCUUGAGCAAGUGCAAGUGCCAGUGCAAGAGCCAGUGCAAGAGCAAGUGCAAGAGCAAGUGCAAGUGCAAGAGCCAGUGAAAGAGCAAGAAGAAUCGGAAUCUGACUCAGAAUCAGAAGCCGAAGAGCUUGAUAUAGACCAAUCCAGACAAGUUACCAUUGACGAGGACAAGUUGCAAUCAUUAAACAACAAACUCGUUACAGUAACCGACAAUUAUAAUAUUGAAAAAUUAGAAAACGUUAUGGCCAAAUUAAUGGAUAUUGUUUGGAAAGAUCGAAACCAAUGGGAUAAAUCAGAAACUUUACAAAAUCUUACAACAGCCAUUGACUCUUUAUAG